CUCAUGGUGGAUUCCUCUCUGCGGAAAACACUGAGGAGAGAUCCCUGCUCCUUCGGUUGACUUUCUAUUUUUAUGGUUUAAGCUUAUCUAUUCAUGGGGCUGAAAAGCGUUUGCAAAUCCAUCAACGGCGAAGUGUGGCAAGCCGCCCUGGGUCACGUCAUCGUCGCUUGCCUGUGGUCAGGCAUUCCUCACUCCCACCAGGAAGAAGGUCAAUAAAAAUGGAGGCAAGCUCUUCUGGAAUCACUAAUGGAAAAACCAAAAUUUUCCACCCAGUGGCCAAGGAUGUCAAUAUUCUUUUUGAUGAAUUAGAAGCUGUCAAUAGUCCUUGCAAAGAUGACGAUUCUCUCCUUCACCCUGGAAACCUGACCAGUACUUCAGAUGACGCCAGCAGAUUGGAAGCAGGGGGAGAGGCAGUGCCAGAAAGAAACAAAUCCAAUGGACUUUACUUUAGAGAUGGAAAAGGUCGAAUUGACUACAUUCUUGUGUACAGAAAAUCCAACCCCCAGACUGAAAAGCGAGAAGUAUUUGAAAGAAAUAUCAGAGCAGAAGGACUACAGAUGGAAAAAGAGUCCUCUCUAAUAAAUAGUGACAUUAUCUUUGUGAAGUUGCAUGCCCCAUGGGAAGUCCUUGGAAGAUAUGCAGAACAAAUGAAUGUAAGAAUGCCUUUCAGGAGAAAAAUCUAUUACCUGCCCCGCCGGUACAAGUUCAUGAGCAGGAUCGAUAAACAAAUAAGCAGGUUUCGGAGAUGGUUACCUAAGAAGCCAAUGAGGCUGGACAAGGAGACACUGCCAGACCUGGAGGAGAAUGACUGCUACACUGCCCCUUUCAGCCAGCAAAGGAUCCAUCACUUCAUCAUACACAACAAAGACACUUUCUUCAACAAUGCCACAAGAAGUAGAAUUGUGCAUCAUAUUUUACAAAGAAUAAAGUAUGAAGAAGGAAAAAACAAAAUUGGUCUGAAUCGUUUGCUCACCAAUGGCUCCUAUGAAGCUGCAUUUCCCUUGCACGAGGGAAGUUACAGAAGUAAAAACUCCAUUCGAACCCACGGAGCAGUAAACCACCGACAUCUACUCUAUGAGUGCUGGGCUUCCUGGGGCGUGUGGUAUAAAUACCAGCCUCUGGAUCUUGUAAGGCGAUACUUUGGAGAGAAGAUCGGGCUGUAUUUUGCCUGGCUGGGCUGGUACACUGGCAUGCUCUUCCCAGCUGCCUUCAUUGGACUGUUUGUCUUUUUGUAUGGAGUCACCACUCUGGAUCACUGCCAAGUCAGUAAAGAAGUCUGCCAAGCUACAGAUAUCAUCAUGUGUCCUGUGUGCGAUAAGUAUUGUCCAUUCAUGAGGCUGUCGGACAGCUGCGUUUAUGCCAAGGUGACCCACCUCUUUGACAAUGGAGCCACCGUCUUCUUUGCUGUUUUCAUGGCAGUGUGGGCGACAGUUUUCCUGGAGUUUUGGAAAAGACGGCGAGCUGUAAUUGCUUAUGACUGGGACUUGAUAGACUGGGAAGAAGAGGAGGAAGAAAUACGACCCCAGUUCGAAGCCAAGUAUUCCAAGAAAGAGCGGAUGAAUCCCAUUUCAGGAAAGCCAGAACCUUACCAAGCAUUUGCAGAUAAAUGCAGCAGACUCAUCGUUUCUGCAUCUGGAAUCUUUUUUAUGAUAUGCGUGGUCAUCGCUGCCGUGUUUGGGAUCGUCAUUUACCGGGUGGUGACCGUCAGCACUUUCGCAGCCUUUAAAUGGGCAUUAAUCAGGAAUAACUCUCAGGUUGCAACCACAGGGACUGCCGUGUGCAUCAACUUUUGUAUCAUUAUGUUGCUGAACGUGCUCUAUGAAAAAGUUGCACUGCUUCUGACAAAUUUAGAACAGCCUCGCACAGAGUCGGAGUGGGAGAACAGCUUCACCCUGAAAAUGUUUCUUUUUCAGUUCGUCAAUCUGAACAGCUCCACGUUUUACAUCGCGUUCUUCCUCGGAAGAUUUACAGGACACCCAGGUGCCUACUUGAGGCUGAUAAACAGGUGGAGACUAGAAGAGUGCCACCCUAGUGGAUGCCUUAUUGAUCUCUGUAUGCAAAUGGGUAUUAUAAUGGUGCUAAAGCAGACCUGGAAUAAUUUCAUGGAACUUGGCUACCCGUUAAUUCAGAAUUGGUGGACUAGAAGAAAAGUACGACAAGAACAUGGACCUGAAAGGAAAAUAAAUUUCCCACAGUGGGAGAAGGACUACAACCUUCAGCCGAUGAAUGCCUACGGACUCUUCGAUGAAUACUUGGAAAUGAUUCUUCAGUUUGGAUUUACUACUAUCUUUGUGGCAGCUUUUCCCCUUGCACCACUCCUGGCCUUACUGAAUAACAUAAUUGAAAUUCGACUUGAUGCUUAUAAGUUUGUCACACAGUGGAGGCGACCUUUAGCUUCCAGAGCCAAAGACAUAGGAAUUUGGUAUGGAAUUCUUGAAGGCAUUGGAAUUCUCUCUGUUAUUACAAAUGCAUUUGUCAUAGCGAUAACAUCUGACUUUAUCCCUCGCUUGGUGUAUGCUUAUAAGUAUGGACCUUGUGCGGGCCAAGGAGAAGCUGGGCAAAAGUGCAUGGUUGGUUAUGUGAAUGCCAGCUUAUCUGUGUUUCGAAUUUCUGACUUUGAGAACCGAUCUGAACCUGAAUCUGAUGGCAGUGAGUUUUCGGGGACUCCUCUCAAGUACUGCAGAUACCGGGACUACCGGGACCCUCCUCAUUCACUGGUGCCCUAUGGCUACACACUGCAAUUCUGGCACGUGCUAGCAGCUCGACUGGCUUUUAUCAUUGUAUUUGAGCACCUCGUGUUUUGUAUAAAGCACCUCAUUUCAUAUCUGAUCCCAGACCUCCCAAAAGAUCUCCGGGACCGAAUGAGAAGAGAGAAGUACUUGAUUCAGGAGAUGAUGUACGAAGCAGAACUGGAGCGUCUCCAAAAGGAACGAAAGGAGAGGAAGAAGAAUGGAAAGGCACAGCACAACGAGUGGCCAUGA